AUAGCAUAGCGCACAAGUAGAUAAAUUUUGCUUUCAGAAUGUAAAUAAUGUAUUCACUUUCAUUUUUAGGAUCGCAAAUUUUGGUUUCUAGGAACAUUGUUCAAGUCGUAUUUUUUCAUAUCGGAGCGUUUUCACAGUUACCCCUCGAACACUUCCGGUAGGGACACCCAUGGUGGACGAGCCCAAUGUGAACGAGCCGCAUCACCGUUGAUUUUCAGCUCUGGAUUAAAAGUUGUUUGGUCCUUACGCUUCUCGUGGAGCAGGAGGGGGGGGUUGUAACCUUGGCGUCCCCGCCUGUCACGUUACUGCUCCGGUGGAAGAAGAGCCCCGAAGAAACCAUGUCAGGUGCCUGUCGCGGUCUGAGCUCCGUGUCCUCCCAGAUACUGACAGCGGCUACACUUACUCCCUGUCCCUGGUUCGUGUCCGUACGCAGCAAAUUUUCCAAAUCAAGAAUCCCAAAAGAGAUCUUUGCUGAGAGAUCAAAAGAGCAUGACAAAUAUGGGGGGGAUCCAGACCAACCUCACAAACUGCAUAUUGUGACUCGAAUCAAAAGUGUGAUGCGAAGACCGUACUGGGAGAAAGACAUGGUGAAAUAUCUGGGGCUUCAAAAGGCACAUGUCCCUGUGAUUCACAAAAAUACGCCUGCAGUCAAUAACCAGCUGAAAUUUGUCAAGCACCUGGUGAGGAUCCAGCCUCUGAAGACUCCCUACGGACUCCCAGCUGAACAGGACAUGGCUGAGACCUACAUCAACUGCAACGGAGAGCUGAUUGUCAAUCGCCUCCUCCAACCUGUCGACCCCAAGGCAAUUGAAUCUUAGUAAUAAUUCAGUUGUACAUAAAUCAUGUAAAAAAAGUGUUCCAUAUAUACCAAUUCUGAUUCCACUAGCUGAAGGUUGUUAUUGGACUUAAAAAUUCAGAUUGUUGUCAAACUCUUUCACAGGUCCUUCUAAACUAGGGGUCUGCUUAAUGAACCAAGACAACCAUGAUUACUCUGUCGUCUGAAUCAUUUUGCUGAGUAAAAAACUGUCUGUGUUGCAGGUUUGAAAGUUAUUAGUUUGGCAAUUGUUUGUUUUGUCUGCCUCCCAUCCCAUUAGUCAAACAUACAGCUGCCACAACUGGAAAAAUGUUAAUCUUUUCCAUGACAGUUUAGAAACAGGGGAUGGCUCAUAUUCUUCAAUAAACAAUUCAUACAGACAAUGACUUUUUGAAAUGAAA